UGAGUGAAAACUGGUAUUGCGUCUGUGCUGUGCAAUGUAUUGAUGUAAACAUUCUCUUGUCAUUAUAUUUCAGAGCGUUUGGAAGAACGUAUGGAAAUCUUUUGAGCCGCAUCUGAAAAACAUGUAAACAGCUGAUACAUAAGUAACGCGCAAAAUAGUUCAAUGAGUUUUAUUUGCAAAUGUGAUUCCGUGUUUCGAACAUUCUAAAUGUCUGUAUAUGGCACAAGUGCGACAAAAUUCUUUGUUUACCAGUGCUUUUGUGUUUGAUGCUUAAACUACAAAUUACCUAAUGCUAUUUUAUUUUUAUUAUAAAACCUUUGUGAAUGUGUUAAGUGUGUUCUGAUUCAUACGCAUUGGAACUGGAUAAUUUAUUGUUAAAUGAAAAGCCACUGCAGUUUAGAAAGGGAUACACUGAGUAAACAUGCCGUCGCUCUUAGAAGCGCUGGAACGCAAGUACGGCGCGAAAGGGGAAGUUAACCCAGCUAUAGACGACAUACCGGUGGCGAUCUUCGUGCCCAAGCGGUCGCCCAGACUUAGCGUGCCUACACUGUUGGUGCUUAACGACUGUGAUAUUGACUGUGCGGGGGACGCGAACACUUUAGCUGAUAAGUGUGCCGACGUUGUAGAGCUGGAUCUUGCCAACAAUAAGCUUAGUGAUUGGAAGGAGAUAUUCGCUGUACUGGAGCAAACGCCGCGGGUCAGAUUUUUAAACCUAAGCUUCAACCGGCUGUCUGCACAAAUCCAGGCAGCGCAAGCACUCCAUCCACGAUGGGAUAGCUUGAGUCAUCUCGUGUUAAACUCAACCUACGUCGGAUGGCCGAGCGUGCUUGGUUUACUCAAGGCUCUGCCAGCUCUUGAAGAGUUGCACCUGAGUCUCAACGAGUACUCCUACGUCAAUCUAACCGGGAAGGAUGUCAAUGAGAAGGACAUCUGCGAAAGCUGCUCGCGCCUCAACACAGAGACUGAACCAGUUCACGAGCAGUUGAGGCAACUCCACUUUUCCGGAAAUCCUAUCAGUAAUUGGUGGGAGAUUUCCAAAUUGGGCUACGCUUUCCCCAACCUAGAUACCCUUUUGGUGAACGACUGUACCUUAACGACGUUGGCGCCAGACCCGUGUGACAAAUGUGAUGACGGCAAUGGGAAAAAGAAGAGUCACGACGCUUUUCCGCACCUGCGGUUUCUCAACUUGAACAACACCGGGCUCGCGACGUGGGAUGAAGUCGACAGGCUAGCCAAGUUUCCUGCCCUCAAAAGUUUACGAGUUCAGGGCUGGCCGCUGUGGGACCGCUUGGAGUCGACGGAGCACGAGCGGCGCCUGCUGCUGGUGGCGAGGCUGCCGCACGUCCGCACACUCAACGGCGGCGGCGCCGUGCCGCCCGAGGAGCGCGACGCGGCCGAGCGCGCCUUCAUCCGCUACUACAUGGAGAAGCCGGAGUCGGACCGUCCUGACAGGUACUGGGAGCUAUUGGGUGUUCACGGGAAACUCGACCCUCUGGUGUCGGUGGACCUGCGGCCGGAGAAGCGAGUGCAAAUCACCUUCACCUGCGGAGAGACCAGUGAAGUGAGGACCGUCGACGUUUACAGAACUGUGUCAGAUCUCAAGACGCGGCUGGAGCGGCUGGCGGGCUUCCCUGCAUCCAAAAUGCGUCUCUUCUACGUCGAUCAAGACCUGAGAGACGCGCCACAGGGUCCAGAGGAAAUGAGGUAUCCGACGAAACAGCUGUAUUCCUACAAUAUUCGUUCUGGAGACGAAAUCAUCAUAGAGUCAAAACUUAAGCACUCUAUUUCCGCUAAUUCCGGGGCAUGAGAACGUAUCUUAUAAUUUAUACUCAGAGGCACAAUUAUCCGCCCACUAAUAAACUCGCGUAAUAUUAUAGUGGGCGGAUAAUUGUGCCUCCGAGUGUAUAUCGACUACCGUCAUUUAACUUGGUUUUGAAACUUUGAAUACAGUAAGCAUACCUAAGUCGCUAAAUACAAUUUUAGUGAAUCAAAUAUAGUUUGAAAUAUAAAAAAUAGCAUUUUAGCAUAAAUUUAGUUUGCCAAUGAUCUUGUAUUUUCCUUUAUUGUAGAAGGUAUUUUGAAUACUUAAACAGUUGUUAGCAUUUACAAAGACAUAUAUAUGCAUGAUUAUAAAAGCAUUUUAUUAGUUUAGAUCCUGAAAGGCAACUUUUCUAAAUCAGACCUCACGAGAUGUUUAAAUAUUUUAGUUGCCACGUUUUUUGUGGUAAGUAAGUACUUAUAAAAAUCUUGUCUUCGUUCAGUUUGACUGAAAAUAAUGCAGAUAUAAAAAAAUAUAGUUAAAUGACGGUAGUUCACUGGUCAUUAAAAUAUAUUUAACAACUUUCGAUUAUUAUCUAAAGACUAAUUUAACGUUAUUGAAAAUAUUCAACAUACUAACCUACUAGUAUUUGUAGGUAUUUUUUUAGGGUUCCGUAGUCAACAAGAUUUUUUUUAUUUCGGGAAUGCGUGAAGGUAUCAAAGUUGAAAUUUAAACAGUAAAACGCAUUACGCAGUAAAAGAGUUUACGUAAAAAAAGAUACGGCUGUUUAUUCAGCAACAUACAUUUAUUUCGAAUUACUUUACACUUAAGGAAAUCAAAACCAAUAUCGGACCCUAUAUUGGUUUUGAUUCCCUUAAGUGUUGACUUUGACCUAGAACUAUGAAAUUUGGCAAGAAUUGUCGUUUACAAGUACAAGAAAAAAUCUCAAACUUUGUAAUUAAAUAACAAGGAUUUAUUUGAAGCUGAAUAUUGGGCAAAACUCGGCAAAACUGCUAAAUUUGAUUCCUGAACUAUUUAUCAUCCGUACGGACGUACGGAACCCCCGGGGAGCGUGUCCGACUCGCACUUUUCCGGUUUUUUUAUUCAAAGGGAGUGUUUAAGGUUUAAUUCUAUUGCAUUGAAAUUAAAUAAUAAAUGAAGGAUCGUCACAAAUCAUACAUAGUUUUAAGUUACGAAUGUAUUUUAAGCUAUAGAUACCUACGCUUUUAUGAUUUUUAUCUGCACAUUUAUUUCUGUGCAUUAAAAAAAAGAGUUGAACACAAAAUCGGAUUUUUUUUUAAUAUGCAAUAUUAUAAACAUCUGUGAUAGUAAAUUUUAGAUAAACGAAUGAGUAAAGCCAAGAUUGGAUUAAUUGUGAUGAUGUAUGUGAUUAUUUUCAUGUAUUUUUAAAUGUAUCAAGUAUAUUACUAUGAAAAUAUCAUUGGCCAUUCAAUGCAUUAAUCAUGCUUAAUCUAACAAUACUUAAAAGUGAUACUAACUGCCAUUUUGCAAAAUUUUGUAAUUGACUCACACUGACCUGAGUAAAAUUAAGAAAUCCACAAGUCAUUGUGACAAAGAGAAUUUAUUUUUUAUUAAAAUAUGAGCACAGUUUCUUUGUUGUUUCUAGAUAAUCAUUAGGUAUUACCGAUUCUUAGUGAAUCUGGACUGCGAAAACUUGUACUACUUUUCUGCCAAAACAAAUUAUUUGACAUAUUGGCGGUGAAAAGGCAAAAUUAGACAACAGAAGCCACUAUUUAAGUAAGGAAAUGCCCAUCCAUGGCCUACCCUAACCAUCCCGCAAUUUACUCAUAUGUAAGAAAAUAUAGAUAUUUCUACUUUAAUAAUGAAAUCAUUAAUGUAUCAAAAAAGUUUGAUACAACAUUUUAUGACCUUUUUAAUUCAUCCCGAACGAGGACAAGCAAAGAUCGUUGACCAUACAGCCUGAGUUUUACGACACUUAUAUCUGUAUUCCCUGGACCAAUGUUGUAUUGGCAGGUGGGCAUUCACCUUUGAGUUAUUUAUACCAUCAAGGGAAGGAAAAAGGUCACACUUGCUAUCUGAAAUCUAUCAAAAAAUAUUCUUCUUCAUCAUACAAUCUUGAAAAAAAUAGGUAAAUCUAUGUUUAUGUCGAAACUCUUUUUUUUAAAGUGAGCUUCACGUAAAUUUAAUUUUGCCAUUUCACUGUUGAUAGACAUACAUUAUGUAUACUGUUGUAACAACACUGGGCAGAGUAUAUUAUGAUGAAAUUUAUCAAUAAUGUCUUUCGUCUUCAUAGAAUCAAAUUAAAAUAAAUACAUGAAAUGAUA